CAUCUACAGUAUAAAUUAAGGUGCUGGUCGACAGAUUCAAAGCUCACGACGGGAACAUUUUGACAGAAAAGGAUUCUUCAAAUAAUUAACGGAUACAUUUUCGUCUUUAUCAACUGAUGCUCCAGUUCGACCCCAGAAUUAAUGAAUGCAGAAAAAAACUUUUAGCUCCACCAACAAUGGCAAACCCGAACUUUGUUGUCAAUGCUUUUAAAUUGCUGAUAGCUUUAGCAAUGGUGUUUUUUGUUGACGGAUAUAAAUGUAAUUCACGCCAACAAAUCAUGUAUGCCGCGGAAAGUCGGGCAAUGCAAGGGUUUGGAUACGCAAACAAAACUGUGCGGUCUCGUGUCAUCUGCGGACGGGAAUGCAGCAUGGAUGAACGUUGCAAGUCUUUUAACUUUAACGACUGCAGUAAAACGUGCGAGUUGAACCUUGCCACAAGACGAGAGCACCCUGAAGACUUCCAUGCAACUCCAGGAGGUGUGUACUAUGAUACCGAUGAGGACACACCUCACUUCUCAGUCACGGAUAGCUUCUACAGAAGUUGCAAGAUGCUCUUAGAUUGCGGUUAUCGUUCAAGCGGCGUCUACGCCAUUCAACCGGAGGGAUUCGGUAAUGGCAGUCUUCGUGUCUACUGCGACAUGGAAACUGACGGCGGGGGAUGGAUCGUGUUUCAGAGGCGACAAGAUGGCAGCGUGGACUUCUACCGUAACUGGGCCGAGUACCAAGCUGGCUUCGGCAACCUGUCCGGUGAGUUCUGGUUGGGCAACGACAACUUGGUGACUCUGACGUCUAACAUUUCACAAGCAACAUGGGAGCUACGCGUCGAUUUAGGGGACUGGGAGGGCGAUGAGGUGUGGGCAAUGUACGAAGAUUUCAAAAUAUCCCCGGGUGAGUACAAUCUGAAUUAUGAACAUUACGAUGAGAUCAAAAGCACAGCCAGUAAUAGUCUUGGUUAUAGUAUACACAAUCGAAGUCCCUUCUCAACAAUGGAUCAUGACAAUGACUUAGCAUCGGGUCUAAAUUGCGCAGAAUAUCACAAGGGAGCCUGGUGGUUUGGGCCUUACAUUUGCUUGGUGUCUAAUUUAAAUGGUAAUUACCAUCAUGAUGGCACGGGUGUACGAUCAGACUACGGCAUAGUUUGGUUUAGCUGGUAUCUACCGCCUUAUUCCCUGAAAACAUGCAGCAUGAAAAUGCGUGAAAUGGGCCCUUGAACAUCUUCUCUUUCCGGUGUAGUUUCAAAUUUGGACUGAAUGAAAUACAAUCUCAUUGGUUGCAUUGCGCAUGCCUUAGUGAGCAUAAGGACAUUGAUUGAUAACGUGUGGGGGUUUU